CCUCCUCCUCCUCCUUCUUCUUCUGUCGGAUGGUCUCCUACACUAAUUUCCUUUGGAGCCGAUGAUGAUGCUCUGCUCGUUGGAUUGAUUUGGGAAUCGGGAUCGGCCUGAGAGACAGAGAGACAGAGCAGAGCGGAGGGAUGUCCUCCGGUGCUGCGGCCCAGGCGGUGGAACAGCGCGGCGUCGGCUUCCCCGCGCAUGCCAAGAUGGAUGCGAAGGCCGGCCCCGACGGCAGCGAGCAGCAGGGCCGGCCCGUGGGCUGCAACCCCGUGAAGAAACCUGGCCCCGUCUCGAUGGACCACGUCCUCCUCGCCCUUCGCGAGACCCAGGAGGAGCGCGAGCUCCGCAUCCGCAGCCUCUUCAACUUCUUCGACGCCGCCGGCCUCGGCCACCUCGACUACACCCAGAUCGAGACCGGCCUCUCUGCUCUUCAGAUCCCUGCAGAGUACAAGUACGCCAGGGACCUCCUCAAGGUCUGCGACGCCAACCGCGACGGCCGCGUCGAUUACCACGAGUUCCGCCGCUACAUGGAUGACAAGGAACUCGAGCUCUACCGCAUCUUCCAGGCUAUCGACGUUGAGCACAAUGGCUGCAUCCUGCCUGAGGAGCUCUGGGACGCACUCGUCAAGGCAGGAAUAGAAAUUGAUGAUGAAGAGCUUGCCCGUUUUGUAGAGCAUGUGGAUAAGGAUAACAAUGGAAUUAUAACUUUUGAAGAAUGGAGAGAUUUUCUUCUACUUUACCCCCAUGAAGCAACUAUUGAAAACAUCUACCAGUACUGGGAAAGAGUUUGUCUCGUAGAUAUAGGGGAACAGGCUGCAAUCCCAGAAGGUAUAAGCAAGCAUGUAAGUGCUAGCAAGUAUUUGAUCGCAGGAGGAGUUGCUGGAGCGACUUCUCGUACAGCCACUGCUCCUCUUGAUCGUCUUAAAGUGGUUAUGCAAGUACAAACUACAAGCACCCAGAUUAUACCAGCAAUCAAGAACAUAUGGAGGGAGGGACGUUUCUUGUCAUUUUUCAGGGGAAAUGGAUUAAAUGUGAUGAAAGUUGCACCGGAAAGUGCAAUUAGAUUUUACACUUAUGAAAUGUUAAAAGAAUUUAUUGUCAAAACUAAAGGGGAGAAUAAAGGUGAUAUUGGUGCUUCUGGACGCCUCAUUGCUGGCGGGUUGGCUGGUGCAGUGGCACAAACUGCAAUUUAUCCGAUGGAUCUUGUUAAAACACGACUGCAAACUUAUGCAUGUGAAGGCGGAAAAGUUCCUAGCCUUGGUACCCUGUCGAGAGACAUUUGGAGGCAGGAAGGGCCUCGAGCUUUCUACAGAGGUCUUGUACCUUCUCUUCUUGGAAUUAUUCCUUAUGCAGGUAUUGAUCUUGCAGCAUAUGAGACCUUGAAAGAUAUGUCUAAGACAUAUGUUCUCCAAGACAGCGAACCUGGUCCACUUGUGCAACUGGGUUGUGGAACCAUCUCCGGAGCUCUUGGAGCAACAUGUGUUUAUCCCUUGCAGGUUAUAAGAACGAGAUUGCAAGCUCAACAAGCUAAUUCAAAAACUGCUUAUAAAGGGAUGUCUGAUGUAUUCUGGAGGACCCUUCAGCAUGAGGGUUUUUCUGGAUUCUACAAAGGAAUAUUUCCAAACCUUCUCAAAGUGGUGCCAUCUGCUAGUAUUACAUAUCUAGUUUAUGAAACCAUGAAGAAGAGUCUUUCUCUUGAUUAGCGAGUAGGUGCUACCUUUGCUUGGUAGCCACCAUUAUUGACAUGGUUGACUGUAGAGUUCAUGAUGACAAGGCCAAGUACAGAGUUGCUAAUAGAGUAGGUGAUCCUUUAUUUAUAUGAUUAGAUUUUGUCUUCAGGAUAUGAAGUAGAGAUUACAGUAGCAAAUUUUCUGUCUAAUGCUCUUGUAACUAAUAAGAAUAAGAUACAUCAGGUUAUCUUCAAUACCGGAUGUCGAUCUACCAGGUAAUGACGUCUUCACAGUUCUUGAAGACCUAUAUUGCUUCCAGGAGUAUCUUUACUACUAUUAUGUGAUAGUGUGAUACACAUGAAGAACAUGCUUUUAUUUAGAUUUUCAUUCCUCAUACUCAACCAGCUCUAGAACUUGUUUAGGGGCUGGCUUAUUGGGUGCGUAAUACCCCUCUAGAAAGGGUGCGGCUGAUAUGUAUUUUUGAGAAAAACUUUAUCAAAAGAGCGGGGAAUGCUCAAAUUUUUUGACAUAGUAUAUAGAUAUAAUUAUUCAACUUGGUGGGCCAUUGUGGUAUAUAGCUUGAUUACACUUAAUCAUGUAACUCAAUGUGUAGCUAUUAGCUUCUAUGUUGUGGUUUCCCCA